AUGAUUGCUAAAUUAAAAAAUCCAGCAACAACAACAAUAAUUACCGAUAAUUUAGUCAAAAAUAAUUCAGAAAAUUUCGAAACAGAAAUUCAAGCAAAAAAGCCAAGAUUUAGUUUAGAGUAUAAUACUAAAGAAGAAGAAAAUUUAAACAAUGUUUGUUUUGACAAUAAACAACAACAACAAAAAUUUUAUUCUUUAAAUGACAAUAAUGAAUUAAAAAAAGAAAUAAAUAAUCAAAAUUCAUUUGAAAAAACAUUUUCUCAGGCAAAAACAAAAUUUUUGGGAAGUUUAAUACGUUCUAAAACUAAUGGGGAUAAUGAAUAUUUUAAAGAUGGAGGAGGAACAUUUAGACAAAGAAAGGACACAGUAAAUCCUUGCGACGAUCCAGAAAUUUUUCGAGAAAAACUUUUUGAUAAUGAAAGAGAAGGAGGUUUUGGUUGGAUUCGUGGUGUUUUAAUUCGUUGUAUUCUUUGUAUUUUUGGAGCUACACUUUUCUUAAGAAUGUCUUGGAUUGUUGGCCAAGCUGGAUUAAUUCUGGGUAUUUUUGUAAUAAUUCUCUCUUUUAUUGUUGUUAUUAUUACUGCAAUUUCUAUGUCAGCAAUAGCAACAAAUGGAGAAGUUAAAAGUGGUGGUUGCUAUUAUUUAAUUUCCCGUUCAUUGGGGCCUGAAUUUGGUGGAAGUAUUGGAUUAAUACUUUAUGUAGCUAAUACUGUUAAUGCUUCAAUGAAUUGUGUCGGUUUAGCAGAAGCUUGUGUUGAAGUUUUAAAAAAUUCUUUUAAUUUUUCUUUAAUUGAUGGAGGGAUAAAUGAUGUUAGAAUUUAUGCUUCUUUAAUUUGUUUAAUUUUACAAUUAAUUAUAUUUGUUGGAACUGAAUUUGAAAAUAGAAUGCAAUUAGCUUUAUUAGGGACUAUUUGUUUAACACUUAUAAGUCAUUUAAUUGGAACAUUUUUACCUUUAAAUGAAUAUCAACUUAAAAGAGGAAUUGUUGGAUAUUCUUUGGCUGCUCUUUUUGACAAUUUAGGGCCAGAAUUUAGAAAUGUUCCAGAUGCUAUUUAUGGAAGUUUUAAUUGGGAUUCUAUUGGGAUUAUACACAUGUUUGGAAUUUAUUUUCCAGCAAUGACUGGAAUUAUGGCGGGGGCGAAUAUGUCCGGUGAUCUUCGAGAUCCAUCAAAAUCUAUUCCAAAAGGAACAUUUUGUGCUAUCGGGAUUACUACACUUGCAUAUGCAUGGUGUAUGGUAAUUACAGCAUUAUCUACAGUCAGAGAUGCUACAGGAACUUCAUUACCAGAAUAUGAUGAACAUUUAAAUCGUUUUAUUCCCCCAGAAUGCCGUUUAAAUGAUACUUGUCGUUUUGGAUUGGCUAAUGAUUAUCAAGUAAUGACUUUACAAGGAGCUUGGGAACCUUUAAUUUUUGUUGGUGUUUUUGCUACUUCAUUAAGUUCAGUUUCUGGUUGCCUUAUUGGUGCACCUAGAAUAUUUCAAGCUUUAUGUGGUGAUAAACUUUUCCCUUUUAUUCACCCAUUUGCUAAAGGAAAUGGAAAAAAUAAUGAUCCUUUUCGUGCUUAUUUUCUUACACUUUUAAUAGCUUUAUCAGUUAUUAUGAUUGGAGAGCUUAAUCCAAUUGCCGAUUUAAUCUCAAAUUUUUUUCUUGCUGCAUUUGCAAUAACUAAUUUUGCUUGUUUUGAUGCUUCUAUAGCCAAAUCUCCUGGUUUUCGUCCAGGCUUUCGAUAUUUCAAUAAAUGGCUUUCUUUGUUUGGAUCUAUUCUUUGUGUUUGUAUUAUGUUUAUGCUAAAUUGGUUAACUUCUCUUGUAACAUUUUUUGUAUUUUUUCUUCUUUUUGUUUUUAUUAAAUAUAACAAAUCUCACAUUAAUUGGGGUACUUCAACAGAUGCAAAUCGUUAUCGUCGAGCACUUAAUUCUUUAUUAAAAAUUUCGAGAACAGAAGAUCAUGUCAAAAAUUAUAGGCCCCAAUUACUUGUUUUGACUGGAAAUCCUGUUGCUAGACAAGCCCUUGUAGAUUUUGCUUAUUGUAUUUCUAAUGGAAGAAGUCUUCUCCUUUGUGGACAUGUAACCCCCCACCAAUCUUCAGUCCAAGCAACAGAUUUAAUUCGAAAAUUAAAUAAUAGGCUAGAAAAUAUUUUCUUUAAAUUAAAUUUUCUUUUUUUAAAGAUUUACUGA